AUGAAGCAUGGCUGGAAAGACCCAUCAUUGGUCGUGAGGCAACAAGAUGAGCAAGGCCUCUGCACGCCGUAUCAGCUUGGGAAGGACGACGUGUUCUUCCGGCAUGAAUGCAGAAGUGCAAUCACUACUCUCAAGGGUCGGAGGACCGCUUGGAACAAUGCGAGUUUGAAGCAGGUUGUCCGUCCAGGUCUCUCCAGCGUGCUCACGGAGAAGUCAACCAAGUUUCAGCGCGCCAGUGACAUUGGAAAGGUCGGUGUGGAACCUCACAAGUCGUUUGGGAAGGAGAUUUACAAUGGCGCGCCGACUGAGGAGACCUCGACGGACGCUACCAGGACCGCCGGCCAGCCCUCUGGUUGCGACGACGUGACGAAAGAUUCGAUUUUGACGAUAGCACACAAGCUUGCUCGAAGGCGGGCAGUCCGCUGCCGUGUCCCAAUUGUCGCCGCUUUCGGACACAGGAAGGGGACUGGGAUACUGAAGGAAUUGGAGCAUCAUCUGUUGAAGCGGGCGCAUAUGGACCCAGAGUAUCGCACCGCGCCUAACUAUGAAGGACUUGUUGCAUUCGCGAAGGUCGAGCUUGCUUGGUUUACAGACGAGCACGCUGGGAUUGUUAUGCAGGAAGCAACACAGCACUGGCACUCAGUCCAAAACAUGACGCCGAAUUGCAAAGCUGGUAACAUUGCAGAUCCGGCGUCCGUUGACGACCGAAUGACCAACCUGGAACACACUGUGGCCGGGUCACUUUCUGCCCCUACGACGUAUGCACUGCUCAAAACUGUUCGAAUGAAGCUCGAGGAGAUUGUCCAGGUCUACCAGCGCUUUUACGACCAACUCAAGGGCACCUUUGGUGAAUCGGUGAUCAUGUUUCGGCAGAGGUACUCUUCGACGAGGAAGCCCAUGUUCGGAAGACUUGCUCGUCUUGCGGCCCUACGUUCUGUCCGAAAUGCAAAGUAA